AUGCUCCUUCUUGUCACUGUCAGGGCGGACCUCAACCACACCCUUCCUCGCACAACCCCAAACAGUCUCGAUAUUGUUUUAGCUUGGGACCUUCGCAUCUCGGAGCUCGAUCAAGCAGCAUUCAUUGCUGCCAAAAAUACACUCUCGACUGUCCUCUCCUACCUGUACCCCAGCGAUAGCGUUGCUCUUCUCACUUUUGGACCUGCAAAUCGUUCAAUCACGUCUCUCCCCGCCUCUGCUGCUAACGUUGCUCACAUUCGCACCUACAUCGAGAGGGCAAGGCCGGUAUAUUCCGGAAACUUGGACGGAGUGACGGACAGCGCCGUUGAAGCUGCUGUGGAGAUUUUGGACCGCCACGAACCACGGAAAGAUGUCGCACAGCAUCUAGUCGUGAUAAGUGCUGGUCUCGAAAAAGGUCAUAACGUGAAGGUGGAGGUUCCGCCGCAUGUCACGGUUCAUGCCGUCAAGGUUGGCAAUGAAGCCGAUGCGUCUCCAUUGAGAAAAUUGUGUACAAUUGGUACAGAAAACGGCGCGUACAUCCGUGGGAAUGUAUCGAAUAUGGACGCCGAGUUGCGGAGAACCGUCGAGGUAAUGAGAAGCGGCGCCAUGGCCGGCAUCCUGAAGAAUGUUGGCGUGGAACUGAAGGGUAGAGGUGGCAUCGCUAUCGAGGAUGUGCUGGAUGUCGAAGGGCUGCGGAUUGCACGAGUGCAGAAAAGUCAGACCGUAGAGAUUGGGAACAUGCCGCUUUUUGAUUGCCGCUGCUUGCUCUUCCGUCUGUUCCUUGAGGACCGUCAACAAGACUCCACCACAUCUCAGAGAUCUCAAUCAGGGCCUUCGACAAGUUCAGGUCAUUCUGCUGGAUUGAAGGUCAAGUACACGGCUCAAUUCUCCUCGCCGCAUAUGACUCCGUCGGUCACACGCCUGGCACCAAACCAAUACUGCUUCGAAAGCUCAGUCUCCAGACUAGAUUUCGGUACAGCUGCUGUGUCCAACCCAAGGGUGUUACAAGCAUACAAAUCUGUACACCUUCGUCGCGCCAUUGCGAGCGUCAGAACCGCUUUGAAUGCCAAGGUAGACCGUGAGGAAAGGAUCAUUACCGCGGUGGUCGAGAUUGACAGAAGCGUGGCUGAACUAUUCACACGAGGUCUGCAAAAGGAAGCAUUGCAAGAGUUCAUGUUGCUGAAGGAGCACCUUACGCUGGCUGUUAACCCUCCUCCACCUCAAAACCCGUCUGCACAUCAUACCCCUCAGCAGGUUCGCCAGGCGGAUAUAAAGUCGCAUAUGCUGGUGCCAGUUCAAAAGAGCCCGAGAUCAAAGUCUGCCCCAUCGCCGCCGCCGUCUCGCGGCACGCCCGUGAGGAGUGCGAGCACGAGUCAGGUUGACAUGCAACAUGUUUUGCCGAGGACUUCAGCCGAAGCUGAUCAGCAGCGUGCGAGUUUACCUCGAACCAGCAGUACGUCUUCGGCAAGUCACCAAUCACAUCAGUUAUCGGCGUAUCCGAGGCGUCCCCAUGAAAUUCAAAGGCCAGGUGUCGCGCCCAGCGUGAACACAGACAUGCACGGCUCUCCUCGCGGUUCGAGUUACUGUUUCCCAGGACCGCAGGUUGACCAGUUGACUACCCGCGCCGAUGUUGGCACUCUACCGGCUCCAGUGCGUCCUGACUUUACUACUCGUCGCGCAGACUCUGAGCCAGAUCCGAUGGAUAUGCCCAGGCUCACCCGGGUCACUCCGGUGUCCGCACAUGCUCGGUCGCACUCCAUGUCUCCCCAAAGAAUCUCGACUACUCCUGCACAACCAUCCCACCUCGGACAGGGCCACCGUCGUGCUGAGUCUUACGCUCCGCCGCGUGGGAGGUCCCCGGUGUGGGAACAGAGUCAGGGACAUAUCGUGGCGCCGGCGGAUCCGUUGUUGGAGUUCGAUGAGCUGUUGCCCAGGUUAGUCGUGCCCUUGAGUGGGAUCAAACCGUUUUCGAAGGCAAGAGGGAGUCGUCUGUCUACGGGCGGUAGUGCCCCUUCAGCACUUCAGCAAGAGCCAAUCACCACCACCGAAGACCCGUUCUCCGAUGACCAAGCUUCCGAGCCUUCUAUCCCAUCCCAUGCGGAGACUUUGCCGUUGGCUGGUGUUACGACGGAGAGUCCGCGCAGGGAGAAAAAGAAAACGAGGGAUGCGGUGGUGAGUCCGCAGAGGCAGAUGGAGAAUGAGACGGACCCGGCGCUGGCUAUUUGGAAGUUGUUGGAAAGUGACGGGCUGAGGCAGGUUGAGACGCCAGUAGAGCCCACCAGCGAAGGGUGUUGGGAAAGGGCUUUUUGA